CUCCCCGCUGUCUUCCCUCCCUCCCUUUCUCUCUACUCUCCCUCCCUCUGUCAUCUCUCCUCCCGCGCGGCUCUCGCUCUCCACUCGCGCUGCUCUCCAGCCAGGGCCGCCGCUCCUCCACCGAUGCCGGCCAUGAUCGCCACGGGCGGCCUCAUCCGCGGUCUCGCCGCGGCCACGCGGAAGCAGGAGGCCAUGCGGGGCCUGGACCCCGAAGGCGACCCCGGCUCCACGCGCCGCCAGCGCCGACGGCGACGGCGGCGCCGCAAGAGAAAGCGCGAGGGUCGCGACGUGGUGCUGGUGCGAGGCCGCCUGCGCCUCGUGUCCCUGGCCGGGCUGGUGGCCCUGCUGGGGCUGCUGGUGCUGGCCCUGGGCAUCGCCCUGGCGGUGCUCGGGUACUGGCCGCCUCCAUCUCCGCCGUCGUCUGCGGACUCUGACGCCGACCCCAAGGACGACGCCGCCGCCGCCGCCGGAGUCGCGGCGGGGGCGAGUCGAGAAAACGGCACCGCCGCCAGGGACCGGGCGCGAGGCUUUCACGGGGUCCGCGGCGAGAAGGGGCAGCGGGGCAGCGCCGAGGAACUCCCCGCAGCGCGCAGCCUGCGCUGGCUUGCGGGGCAGAUGCUGAGCGCCGAGCGCAUGAAGGUGGUGGGACCGCUCGUGAUGGGAGUGGGGAUCUUCGUGUUCAUCUGCGCCAACGCGGUGCUGCACGAGCGCCGAGACCGCGACACGCGCCUCAUCCGCCUGCGCGACCUCUACUCGUCGGCCAUCGAUGCGGCGGCCAACGGGGGCGCUGGCCUGGGGCCGGGGCCGGGGCCGCAGCAGCAGCAAGCGCCGCUCGCCACUGUGGAGACCCUGAAGCCACGUGAUGAUAUGCGGAGAGCCCGAGGAGGAGGAGGAGUUGCUCUUCCUGGGGUCCCCUCCUCCUCCACCGCUUCCUCGCCGCGGCCACCCCGUGGAGACCCCCCUGUCCCAUCGGGGUCCAAAGCAGGGAUCCGCGGAGCUGCGACUGAGGGGACCCUUGAGAUGACCCGCGAGACGAGGUUUUGACUGCGAGACGAGGUUUUGAUUCUGGGAGGAGGAAUGAUUGUGAGGAGGGAGAGUUUCCCGACAUGAGCCCAGGAGACGCUUCCUGACCACGGGCUCACAUCAUCGCAUCACAUUGCAUCCCGUCGCAUCGCGUCCCAUUGCGUGGCGUCGCAUCGCGUGGGCGAUUCGCCGCAUCCCUGGCUGGCGGUGAUGGAGACAUCGGAAAAGUUUGUUGCCGGAAUGGUCGGAAGGAACUGGAGCAGUGAUCAGCAACAAGUGGAUUCUGACCUUCGAUCUUCUCUCCUACCUCCUCCGCGUUCCCCACCGCUCCCUGGGGUUCACUGGCUACCUGCAAGCCCUGGUGUCACCACGUGGGAGGACGGGAGGGAGUUUUCGGAGCUGGGAAGUUUAGGUUUGACACCCGGUGACGGGUGGAGGAAUCAGAGGACACGACGAGCCGUGUGCUUGUGGCGUGAAGCACUUUGCUUGGACUGAGACGAGUCGACGCGAGGUGCCCUGGAGGGGUGAACACGGGGACGUUUAGUGUGGAAAACACACGAGUUCAAAACCUGGGCAGCCGCGAUCCAUGGCGGAUGGGAGGGAUGACGGGUUGAGUUGGGGCGAUUCAGCCAAUCACCACAGUCCUCCGGUCGAUAGAAGAAAACUAGAAUCAGCACUUUUCGAUAAUUUAACGGCGUGUGUUUGUGUGUGCCAUGGUCAGACUGGUCACUGUCGUGGGAACGUCCCAUUCCCACCACUGGCUAAGCCCCCGCCCCCCACGUGAUGAGAGCAGCCAGGCACGUGGCCUCAGCGCCACGCGAGCGGAACGGCGCCUCGCGACACGCGGUGCUCGUGCAGCCCCUUUCGUCGCUCCACUGCUGGAUGAGGGCCUCCCCACGCCCUGCAGGUGCGGGUUUGGUGAAGGCGGGGAGGAGCGUUGCGGCCUACAGCGACCAGCCUUGCACGAUGUGUUCCCCUUCCACUGAGUACUGAGCAGGCUCGACGCUUGCUCGGCUGCCCGAGAGGCGACGACUCUGCGGGCUCAUUGGCCGUGGGCCUCGCAACGCGCGCGGCUCUCUCCGCCGUCACGUCCCGCGGUCGUUCUCCGUAUUGUCGCGUCAUCAGGGUAGCGCGCUGACGUGGAGACGCCACCCCUUGUCGCGCUCUCUGUGCGCACCGUGGCUUCGUGCGUCUCCUGCAGCCGCUAGAGGCCGCUACAUUAACCGCGAUGUAACAAAAAUAAUAAUCGAUUAUCGACUCGCGAUCCAGAUUUUGCAAUCCCCGCCGGGGAGAUCGGAAUGGCGCGGGGCUCGUUGUGAAUGCGGUGACGUCGCUGGAGCUGUCACGGCGAGGCAUCCGGAGAGGGCAGCUGCGGGGUUUGGGGUGAACCCUCAUGUCGCGGACGUUUCGCCCACAUCUGAGCGGGCAGUCGCUCGCCUCGACUGAUCGCAGUCGACACGGCUUGGUCGCUGCGAUCAGCACAAAUAACGCGAACAUUUAUUUUCCUCCUGUUGCGCAAAUGCUCGCUCAGAUGUGGACAAAGCUGUUGCCUCCGAUGCAUUUGAGAGCGACUUGGUCGCGUGGCGGAUCCAGGAGAACCCGGGACCCGUGCAGCCUAAAGAUACCGCUGCUAUCUCCACGGGGACACGUGGUCUCUGUGUAACAGGGAUCUCUAAGGGACCCACGAAUCGCUCUCAUCUGCCCUUCCCCCCCGUGGCUAGAACCCCCACCCCCUUGUUUUUCGGACAAACUUCAUCAUCGCGGGGGUCUCGUAUUGGUGUUACGGGGGUUUGUACAGACACAGGGACCUCCCGUGCGUGUGUCCGGGGUUGAAAACCCCCUCUGACGAGGGAGGUCGCGUCCCCCGAGACCCGAGAAGAUCCCUAUGAAGAGGAUCUCCGUUCGGGCGUGAGAGUCGGCGUGUUGGGGCUCAGCGUUGUUAACAUAGCACACAGCACAGACAGUACACGUCACACACAGCACAGACAGUACACGUCACACACCGCACAAGCAGUACACUUACUAAUCAUAGCGCUGAUGAAACACAACACACAUAGUACACAUCAAGGCCGUAGCCAUGGAGUCAACAUUGGGGGGGAAACCAAAUCUUCCAGGGGGUCUGGGGUCCCCCCCCAAAAAAAUCCAAUUUUAAAACGAAUUU